AUGCUGAGAACUAUAUCAUCCAAGCUCUCAAGCCAACCCUUCGAAAUACAACUCGCAGCAUCACCACCUCAGCAGCCAGGAUGGCCGAGGGCGAUGCAGGCGCUCCAAGAAGCGGAGGUGCCGCUCAAGGGUAAGCUCUACAUCUACGACUUGGAUUGUGUCGAUCUUCGUCCCUCUAUCACACAGCAUGGCGAAUUUCCUACCGUACUUGCCUUGCUUCCAUUCAUAGGAGAGCUAAUUUGGCUCUGUAGUGAUGCAUUCACCAAACGUGAACAAGCAAGUGAAGACUACGAGAUCAAACGACGCGAGCUGGAGAAGCUACAGGCUUUGAAGGAAAAGAUUGCCGGCCAUCAGAAGCACUUGGAAGAACUAGAUAAGAGCGUGUAUGUUGCCUCUUCUCCUUUAUCGGACUUUCGAGAGUCGCUUUUGGUGACGGAUAAGAACAUGGUCGCUCUGACGAAGAUGUAA